AUGGAAGGCCUGAAUACCAUGAGCAGAAACUUGACAUUCUUCGACUCCUCCAAGCCAUUCGAGAUGGAUAUAUACAAACGCCACAAAUAUCCACUACGAGUAGAAGUAACGCCCUUUGAGCAAGAUGAAACAGAUUCAAAUGGCGGGAAGCCCGGUAUUCUCAGAUCAUUAUCUAGUUGGAGCGAUUUGAAGCGGCUCGUGAAACGGAAGAAUCCUCAACGACCCAAAGUUCGAUAUCAGAAACCUUUUCAAUUCGAGUACCAUAUGCUACCAGGUCAAACGCUUGUUCAAAGCUCGAAUGCAAGGCUAGGUCGAUUUAACAUAGCCGAAGGAGUACAUCCUGAGAUAACAGUUGAAAGUUGCGCAGUCAUCAUUCAAAGAUGGGUCAAAGAUUGCUCCGACAACCAUCAUUUUUGUUCUUCGCACUUUAAUGAAUUGCCAUUCGUACCGACUCGAUUAUUAGAUCUAAGUGGUGCACAGGGUGAAUUGAUCCGACUAGUUGAGACCAGGGGGUUUGUUGACGCUACCGAGCCAUACGCAACUCUAAGCCAUCGUUGGGGUGAUGCUCACUUCAUCCAGACAAAUCAGCAAACUCUUCAGAAGCAUAAGAUUAGUAUCGAAAUCUGCGAUCUACCGAGGACAUUUGUGGAUGCUGUCACAAUACUGCGAACACUUCGCAUUCAAUACUUGUGGAUUGAUAGUCUAUGUAUUAUUCAACAUGAUGAUGUGGAUUGGAAAGAUCAAGCGGCCCAGAUGGCCAAGAUCUACUCUCGAGGUUGUUUGAACAUUGCUGCAACAGCAGCAGAAGACAGCACAGAAGGUUGUCUCAAUACUCGGAGCUUGAAACACGGUCAAAUUUCGGAUCCUAGAUCGUUCCCCAUUGAUAUCCAUCAUUAUUCUCAUGAAAGGCUAGUCUAUGUCCGACCUUCAUUUUAUACAUUACAUCAGCGUUUCAAUAUCCGCAUGAGGAAUCGACACACUGAUCCUGCCGACCAUGAAAUUACCUCUCUCAUGUCAAGAGCAUGGGUAUUUCAGGAACGACAGUUAGCGCCACGUACCAUUCAUUUCCAUCCAUCGGAGCUAAUCAUGGAAUGCAAAACGGGUCUUCGCUGCGAAUGUACUGGCCUUGAGAAGUUAUAUGAGACCUCUAGAUCAAAACUGCCUGGCAUCCAUUCGUUGGAUAAUCGUCAAAUACUUGACAGGUGGCUUGGUUUAGUAAAUGAAUAUUCGAAACUACUCAUCACAUACGAUAAAGACAGAUUGGUAGCUCUUACUGGAAUAGCAAAAACCUUCCAAGAUCGUCUUGAUUCCCAUUACCUUGCUGGAAUAUGGCUCAGAGAUCUCGCUAGAGGUCUUCUUUGGAAUACAGCAAAACCAUUACGUUUCGAAAAAGGGUAUAAUGAGAAUGUAUAUCGACUUGCGUCGGAAUUAAAAUUUGCUCCUAGCUGGUCCUGGGCAUCUCUUGUAUCGGAUGGAAAAAACGCUCCAAUUAAUUACUUGGUACGUUAUGAAGAUACCUUGAAGGCGCAUAAGCAUUUCGCGUACAUUCAUACUAAUAUACCGAGGAUGGUUGUAGAUUCUCUGAAGAACAAAGAACCUGGAUAUCUAAUUGUCCGAGGUCUAACCAUCACUGCAAGAUUAUCUCAUGGCUACCAUCAGAAUGAUCAUACCGUGAAUGAUGCUACGCUAGAAUUCUUGAGAGGUCGUCAGAAAUUUCACAUUGGCUUUGCCAUGGAUCAUAGUUUUUCUCAUUCUAUAGUCAGAGAUGGUGAAGAUGUUUAUUGCUUACUGGUUGGAACUUCAAACAAGGGUAGCAAUAGUCUUGGAAGGCGAGCUGACUGGCUUCAAUUUCUUGUCUGUAAACUUUACCAGAGCUCUGGCGUUUAUGAGCGUGUUGGAAUAUAUCGAUGCACAUCAAGUAGAAAAGCACUCAAAGGAUUCCAAGAAAGAGUCAUGAAAUUGAUUUAG